AUGGACAAAUCGUUCAAUCAUUAUGAUUCAGAUGAUGAAAGUUAAGAACCUGAAUAAUAAAUUUGGAAAAAUCCAGAUUUUGUUCACGAGGGUAGAACUAUGAGAGGAGACAGAAGCCGUAUAGCUAAUAGAGGAUACGGAGAAAUCAGAGGUGAUAUAGGCUUCAGGGGAGAUAGAGGAUUUAGAGGAGAUAGAGGCUUCAGAGGUAGAGGAUUCAGAGGCGACAGAGGAUUCAGAGGGGACAGAGGAUUCAGAGGUGAUAGAGGAUUCAGAGGAGACAGAGUAUUCAGAGGUAGAGGAUUCAGAGGAUACAGAGGAAUAGUACUUGAGGUACAUCAAGAUGAUAGAGGAAGAGAUCCCUCAAGAAUAGAAUAAAUUGAUUAAGAUAUGCGAGAAGGUUCAAUAUCGAGACGUGGUGAAUGCUUUCCAAUUGAAAGAAGGUCUAAUGCUGAUUUUUAUGAUACAUCACGACCAUAUAGAGCAGAAUAUAGAAGUUAAAGUGGAUUUAGAGGAAUGGGUAGAGAAGGAGGAGAAUUUGACAGAUUUUCUAGGCCAUCUUAUAUUUAAAAUUCAAUAGUAAAUGGUUUGGCUGAAAUUCCACCAACUUCAGGUUGGUUCAACAAAUCGGACUAAACUCCACAAGCUAUUGCCGAAGCAGUCAUGAAUACCAGUCUUGAACUGACUCAUGCGAAUUAUUUAGAUUUUUGCAAUAAGUUACUUGAGUUGUGCAAUAAUGUGUUUUAGCUGUCAAGAUGGGAUGAUUAUAGAGAAAUACCUACUAAAAACUUUAUCAAGUAAUAGAUAGUGAGUACAAGUGCAUUUUUAAAGAUUGAACUUCACCCACACAAUUUCAUUACACAGAUAAUAAGCAAAAUCGAGAUAGCAAAGCACUUUAUCUUUAAGAACAACAUCAUAUAUUAAUUGCUAGACGACUUGGUGACCAGCUCAUAAAAUUUGCAAACAAUGAAUGAUCCGCAAGACGGAGAAAAACUUGCAAAAAACUUAAAUGAGUUGAACAUUCUUGGAUAACCAGCAUAGUAGGAUCUUGAUUAUAUGAUAUUCAAGCUCUCAAAUCAGAAACUAUUUUGA